GAUUCUGCGUACUAAUAAUUUUAAUUUUCGAAUAGAUAUUCAAUGAAAUUUGAUCAAAGAUUUGGUCUAAAAUCUCUUUUACGACAUUUAGCCCAUUCAAAUCUUAUUCCAAAUCUAUUUCAAGUUUCGUCGUUAGUUUGGUCUACACAGUUUUCUGUGAAUUUUUUCUUGUGUUCACAUCCUAAUUUCAGGAACGAAGAGAAUCUUCUAGCUUUGGAAGAAUUAUUCACAGAAAUUGGAACUAUUUAUGCUGAAAAGAAUGAAAUGAAUCAGAAACAACAAUCGACAAACAAAUUAAAUAAUCGAAAUUUAACAUCAUCAUUGAUUCAAACAUAUGAUUAUGAAGAAUCUGGGUCGAUUGAUCAAAAAGUAACAAGAUUAAUGCCACAGGAUCAUGUUUCGCGCUUACUGAAUGAAUAUAAAAAAAGUAAACAAUCAUUUAAUCUAUCACAACAGCCCGAUCUUCUUAGUACAAAACAAGAAUCACAAUCAAAUGAAAUGAAUGAUGAACAAUUGAAAUUUCUUAAAUCUGAUCUGAACACUUUUAUCCGAAUUUGGAAUGGCAUACUGAGCAGAUGUCUACAAAAACAUAUUGACUGUGAUCUUCAUUCUUAUCGUUAUAUGUUAAGACAAUAUCAACAAUUGAUUCAUACGAUGAUCCGGAUGAAUAGUUACGAUAAGAAUACUCAAUUAGCCAUUUUUUCUUGGAUUGAUAAAUUGACCGACAAAUUUCUGGCAAUAGAACAUACACCUGUUGAUUAA